UCGAAAGUUCAUUAUGAAGUGGCUCGCACCAGUUAUCCUUUGCCUGUGGGCACUAAAUCUCGACCAGAUCGAGGCCCGCCAGAUCAGGAUUAAUCGUUAUGCCGUCAGCGUGCAGGAGGAUCAGGCAGCGCAAGCGGCUGUGGAGGUCAAGGCGGCUCCCUAUCCCGCUGCGGGUUACCGUCCACAAGGUCGUUCCUUCUGGCUGCCGGGAGAAAUCGAAGUUGAGGUGCAGGAAGUGCCAGCUGAGGGUUCAGGCUUAGGAUCGGAUCAGCUAACCACCACCACGGAACUGCCAGCGGAUGAUCUAUCCACCAGCACCACGGAUUCGGACUUGAGCACCACCACCAACUGGGAUUCUGUGGACGCCACCACAACCACAGCUCCUCCUCCGGCCUUCGAGAGCCGUUCCGGACGUGCCUUUGAAAAGGCUCCCUAUCCCCCAGCAGGCUACCGUCCAAGUCGAGCAUUCCGACUGCCAACUGAGCAGAAUCCAGAGGAGCAGCAGCAGAUCUCCAAUUCCUUGAAGAACAAUUCAACUGACAGCAAUGCCGAUCAUCCUGUUUGCGGGGUCAGCACUGAUCCCCUGAAGCCCACGCCUCAGCCAGGAUCCAAGGAUGAACCCGAUGCGGAGAGUGUGGUGUUCACCGCCAAUCUGGGCCCUGCGGUUGUGGUGGCCAGAGCUCCGUCCUCCAUUCCUGUGGCCAUUCCUCUGCGUUCACAGCCACUGCUGCAGGCUCCAAGGCAGAGGGGAUUUGUGUACACCACGCAUGUGGAGCAGCGAUGGUGAGGA